UAUUCAUUCCAUGUGGAAACGCGGAGGGGAACGUUUUACUGCUGCUUCUUGACUUCAAUUGUUUACGGAAGUGACGCAGGGACUUUUACGACAGCCAGGAUGUGACAUCAAGGCGUAAACAGAAGUUCUUCCCUCUGCGUUCCCACGUAGAAUGAAAACAAACAUUACUUGUCCCGUUCAUUAACUUUUUUUUCAUAUCGUAGACGUCGUGUGAUAACCCGGCUUUGCUCCACACACACAGUAAAUGUAGCCCUUUCCGAGUAGGGCUUAAAAUGUCAUCGCAGCGUCUGAUAUCAGUGAAAGAGGAGGUAAAGGAGGAGGCUUGCGAUGACUUCCCAUGCUCUGAGUAUGCAGAUCAAGCAGUUGCUGAGACGUCGGGAAUGAAGCCAGUCUUUCAAACGGGAAUGGAUCCAUCAACUACAGAUUGUGCCCAAGAGUUUGAGUGUACCGUGAUCCUUAAAGAUGAUGAUGAUGACGAGGAGGAGGAAGAGGAGGAAGAAGAAGAAUGCGAGGAGGAAGAAGAGGACGAGGAGGAAGAGAUUGACCAAUACAUGAAAGAUGAAGCAGGGGAUGAGGCGGCAGAAACGGAACCAUGGAUGGAACCAAUGGACUCUGCCCAAGAUUCCCAUCGUGCUGUGAAGAUUAAAGAAGAAGAAGAUGAUGACAAUGAUGAAGAGGAGGAGGAGGAAGAAGACAACAAAGAUGAUAAUGAGGAGGAAGAAGAGGUUGGCCAACACGUGAAAGAGGAGGAGGAGGAGGAGGAGGAGGAGGAGGAGGUGGCUGGCCUACACGUGAAAGAGGAGGAGGAGAAGGAGGUGGCUGGCCUACACGUGAAAGCUGGGCAUGAGCCAGCAAAAAGCCAUGAUCAAAAUAUCCAAUCCAAUGAAACACCACGGACACCAGAGGAAAGGGGAAACACAGCCAGGAAUCAAGAACACAAACACAGAUUCCAGUGUUCUCACUGCACCAAGAGCUUCCCUUACCGGAGCAAGCUAGAGACACACCAGCUGAUCCAUUCAGGGGAAAGACCAUACCAGUGCACUCAGUGUGGCCAGAGCUUUAGGGUAGCGAGUUGUCUCAAGACGCAUCAGAUGAUCCACUCGAAGGAAAAGCCGCACUAUUGCUCCCAAUGUGGGAAGAGCUUCAGCCGACUGAGCACUCUCAAGACCCACCUGAUGACUCAUUCAGGACACAAGCCACACGAGUGCUCUGAAUGUGGGAAGAGGUUUAGUCAAAGGAGCAGUCUUGUGGCACAUAUGAGGACGCAUUCAGGAGAAAGGCCAUUUGAGUGCUCAGUCUGUGGAAAUAAGUUUAACAGCUCAAGCAAUCUCAGGAAACACCAGAAUAUCCAUUCUGGGGAAAAGCCAUUUCAGUGCAGUGAAUGUGGAAAGAGUUUUAGAGAAGUUAACAGUUUGAAGAGCCAUCAGGCAAUUCAUUCGGGGGAAAAUCCAUUUCAGUGCUCUCACUGUGAAAAGAGCUUUGCCUUCAAUUGUUAUCUCAAGAAUCACCAGAUGACCCACGGAGGAGAAAAACCAUUUCAGUGCUCUCAAUGUGGAAAGAGCUUUAGUCAAAAAUCAAAUCUCAGGACACACCAGAAGAUCCAUUCAGAGUUAAAGCCAUUUCAGUGCACUGAGUGUGGACAGAGUUUUAGGAAUAGGAGUAAUCUCAAGGCCCAUGAGAGGAUUCACACAGGGGAAAAGCCAUAUCAGUGCUCUCACUGUGAAAAGAGCUUUGCCUUCAAUCGUGAUCUCAAGAAUCACCAGAUGACCCACGGAGGAGAAAAACCAUUUCAGUGCUCUCAAUGUGGAAAGAGCUUUAGUCAAAAAGCAAAUCUCAGGACACACCAGAAGAUCCAUUCGGAGUUAAAGCCAUUUCAGUGCACUGAGUGUGGACAGAGCUUUAGGAAAGUGUGUAAUCUCAGGCACCAUGAGAGGAUUCACACAGGGGAAAAGCCAUUUCAGUGCUCUCAAUGUGGAAACAGCUUCAGUCGAAUGAACACUCUCAAGAAUCACCUGAUGACUCAUUCAAGGGAAAAGCUAUGAAGUCCACACAUUAUUUAUUUUAUGUAUUUUAGUCUCUGAUAUUGCAAAUAACAUGAAAAGAAUGUAUUUUCCUGUCACCAGUCACAUGUACAGUUGUGGUGUGCACUUAUGAUUCCAUUACGAAUCAAAUGUACUUAUACACCACUUUAAAAUUAAUGUAAAAUUCACCAGAGUGUAAAACCAUUUAAUUCUGUCCAGUGAUCACUUGUGGCUUGAUGCUUAAGUUACCAGUUUUUUCCAGUGAUUACGCUAAGCUAUGCUAAUAAUUCUGAUCCAUUAAAUCUAAGUACUGAAAACAUUGAGAAGAAAAUCAUAUGCACAUUCAUGAAUAAUGCUGGGAAAUACUGCAAAUAUGUGAAAAUCAAAAAAGAGCGGUCUGUUCCUUUGAAGGGACACUGUGCAGGAAAUGGUCAAAAAAGGUACUGCAACUAUGCUGCUCAUUGAAACUGGGCUGCCUAUUGCCAAAUUUCAUCUUUACAUGAAAGUUUACUAA